AUGUCUAAUAAAGGGAAAAGCUUGCUCUCCCUCGCACCAUCGGUUAGACGAUCUCUCCAAAUGACAUUCAAAUCCACCUUUAGCAUCCAACUUUAUUUCCUUCUUUCUUCCUUUCUUUUUUCAUUCUUUUACUUCUUUUCUCAGUUCUUUCUUUAUGCUAAAAUUUCUUCCUUAUUUUCGUUUGUACUUGAUUCAAUGUUUUAUUUCUUGUUUCUUCCCAACCAUACUUCCUUUCUUCCCGUUACAAUGUCUUUCUUUUAUCAUUUUUCGCGAUACACCUUUCUUAACAUUUUCUCCUUCACUUUUUUCCUCGGUAUCUCCGUCUCCUCUCCUCCUUCACUUCUUUCCUUUUCUUCUACCUCUCAUUUCUUCUUCUUCUUCUUCUUCUUCUUCUUCUUCUUCUUCUUCUUCUUCUUCUUCUUUUUCCUUUUGCAUCUUUUAUCUACUUUUUCUUCCUUCACUAGAUAUUUUCUAUGUUUUCUUCAUAUACACUGUUUCAUUUCUUUUUCUUCAAUUAUAUUUUUCUUUUCCUGUUCCAUUUCUUUAUGCAUAUUUGACUUGCAUUUCUUUCUUUUUCUUUUUACGUUUCUUCUUUUCUUCUGUUUUGCAUUAUUGAUUUUAUACGCUUCUUUCGGUAUCUUUCAUCAUCAUUCCCAUUUUUUCCCGUCUAUUUCUUCUUCUUUCAUUGUUAUUUUCACUUUUUUCUUAAGAUCUAUCUAUCUAUCUAUCUAUCUAUCUAUCUAUCUAUCUAUCUAUCUAUCUAUCUAUCGUUUUAGCCUCCACGGAACUUCUUUUUUUCCGCAUCGUCUUUCUCUUUUUUUCAUUCUCGUCCAUUUCGAAGUUGUUGUUGUUUUUUUUUUCCCCACGCGAUUUCAUUUCAAGAUUAUUUUUCUUUCUUCGUUAAUUUACCUCUAA